AUGACGAUGAAACCUUUGGUGGUACUAACACAGAAAAUAUCGCAACUUUCGCUCAGAGGACAAAUUGCGGACGCAAGAAAAAUAUUCGAUCAAAUGUCCGUACGCGAUUCUGUUUCUUGGAACGUAAUGACGAGAUGCUACAUCGAAAACAAUUUGAUCGACGAUGCACGGGAACUGUUCGAUGAAAUGCCUGAGAGGACUUCCGUUUCUUGGAGCACCAUGAUAAUGGGCUACGCAAAAGCUGGUAAAACUCACAUAGCACAUAAGCUGUUUGUAGUAAUGCCUGACAAAGAUGUGGUGAGCUGGACAGCCAUGGUUACUGCACUCUUCCAUGCUUCGCGUGUCGAUGAUGCAUGGCGGUUAUUUACGCAAAUGCCCUUCCCCAAUGCCGUCUCUUGGUCGUCCGUAGUGUCGGGUUUUCAGCAACAAGGGUUUGCGAAUCAGAGCUUCCAUGCAUUCAAAGAGAUGCUAUGUACCGGAAUCCAACCGAAUUCCCAUUCGUUCACUAGCAUCUUAUCAGCUUGUGCGGAUUUAUCAAUGGCUACGGUAAGUGAGCAAGUAUUUUCUCAGCUUCUCAAACGGGGUUUCCAAUCCGACACACACGUCGCAAAUUCAGCAAUUUCGACCUUCUUCAAAACCGGAAAUUUCAACGACGCAAGGCUCGUUUUUUCGGAAAUGGACAAACCCGAUCGUGUGACGUGGAAUUCUAUGAUAAUGGGGUUUUCGCAGCACGGGUAUGGAUUAGAAGCAACGAUGCUAUUCCAUCAAAUGCAAAAGGCUCGAUUUUUACCGGAUAGCAUCAGCUAUGUAGGAGUUCUACACGGGUGUAGCCAUUGCGGGUUUUUAGAGGAAGGCAUCCGCUACUUCAACUCCAUGAUAAGGGACAGUGGGAUAUCGCCAGGUGUCGAGCAUUUCUCCACAAUGGUGGAUCUUUACGCGCGCGGUGGAAAGAUUGAGGAGGCGUAUCGGCUUAUGGUGGCGAUGCCGUUUGAGCCGACUAUAGUGUUCUGGAGGGCUUUGUUGAGUGGGUGCAUGACUAAUCGGGAUUUGGGACUGGGUGUUUAUGCAGCGGAAAAAAUGUUGGAAAUCGAACCGGUUAGUUCAAGUGGGUGUUUGAUGGCGGUUAAUGUUUUCGCAUUGGCCGGAAAAUGGGAUGACGUGGCGGAGACGAGGAAGCGGAUGAGGGAGGAGGGUGGUGGAAGAAAGGAGUUGGGGUGUAGUUGGAUUGAUAUUAAGGGGAGGAAUUAUUUAUUUAGUAGAGGAGAUUUAAUUCAUUCUGAGGCUGAUCAAUUCUUACCUAUUGUUGAUUUAUUGGUAUAUGAUAUAGCUACAUAUUUUUUAACAAUGGAGGAAUCUUUAGAUGGAUUGGAUUAG